AUGGAAUAUAGCAUUCGUACAAGGUCGCCUUUCCUCGAGUUCACCCAGGCUCAAGUCACGGAUCUCUGUAAAUGCCUCACAUCGUCCAGCACUGUUUCUAAGCCAAAACGCGAAGAAGGCUCGAUUGAGAAUGUCCUUGAGAAGAGGCAAUCGCAAGCUUCUUGCCAAGCCGAGAUGAGCAAGCAGUUCACCCAACCCUACAACUUCUGCACUUUCUACAAUGCAUAG